CAAUAAUGAUGCCACGAAUGGGACCUCCAGCAGCUGCACGGCAAGACAAUCCUUUACACGUCUCGUUUCGGAACCCACAGUGGCCACCAAACUUCAUUAACAAAGAUAACGUGCUGGACUACUUUUGCAAUCAAGCCAACGCGUUCUAUGAAAUGAACUCUUGCAAUCAACAAAUUCGGAUGCAGAACAUCGUUAACCGAACAGUGGAAGAAUGUCUUCGAACAAUGCCGGGAAUUCAGUAUGUCCUCUGGUACUCACAACCGCCAUUGUUCAUUAUAUGCAAACAACGACGAAAUAAUGUUACAAAUGUUAGUCCCAUCGCGUACUAUUAUGUCAUCAAUGGAAGUGUACAUCAAGCUCCCGACAUGUAUAGUCUCGUUCAAUCCCGUUUACUCGGAGCUCUGGAGCCACUUCGCAACGCUUUCGGUGAAGUUACCAACUAUUCUCGCUACAACACUGCCAAGGGCUACUACUGGGAGUUCAAGAAUAAGCCCAAUGUUAAGAAGCGAGAAGAAGAAAAGAAAGAGGACGAAGAAGAGAAAUUGGAAGAUAGAAGCACAAACUUCCAAAAAACACGAACGAUGAUGUUGCUGAAUCAGUUGUUCAGUGAAAUGCCAGCAGAAGACGCUCUUGAAAGAGAAGAAAAAGAAGAGGUUGAGGAAGAAGAAGAAGAAACGUUAAAAACUGAGGAACCAACAACUUCAACUGAUGAGCCGAAGUUUGCAGAACCAACUGCCAGAACAACGUCAAAACAAUAAACGGGUCAAAGCUUUCACAUUCUGUACACUUUUUAUACUAUGAUCUUUCAAAUUUCACUAAAAAUGAACAUUAAAUUAUU